GCUGGACAUUAGGAGUCGUGUGAGAGCUAGAGAGAGAGUGUCUGUUGGGCUAGUAAUGAGACUGAGCAUCCCUAGCUACUACGGACAGACAUUCUUCGAAUAGUUUGGCCGCAGUGUGUAGCUAAUCCACAGCGUGGGCGGUUGGGCCCGUUGAUAGCCCGAGAGCCGGCAGUCCGGAGGUAUAAAAACAGCUCACAUUAUUCGGUAGACUCAGUGGACCCUUCAUGUUCGUACUAUGAGCGAGAGUAGGCUGGACAAAAGCCCAACUGCAAGCAGCCUGCACAAAUCCCUCGACAGCACUACCCAGAGCUCCCUGAACUACCCCGUCAGAAGGAUGCGGAACACUGCAGUACUAGUGAAAUGGAUCGAAGAGCACCAGAACAAUCCCUACCCGACCAAGGCCGAGAAGCAGUACCUGGCCUACUACAGCGGCAUGAAUCUCACCCAAUUGUCCACGUGGUUCGCAAACGCGCGGCGGAGAAUCAAGAAAAUCGGGAUGAAGACCUGGUUGGAAGGCCGGUCGACGUUUACCGUGGAUUUCUUCCCGACUCCGAGACAUCCAGACACUUACGGAGUUGCAGCUGCAGCCAAUGCCUACUCGCACUACCCAACCUACAACACUGGAACAGCAGCGCUCUCCGGACUCUCCAAUUCGUACGCCGGUCAGCAUAUGAACUCUUCUGUGCUCCAGAACCACGCUGCAGCAGCCCAGCGAACGGCCAUCUACUCUGAUGCGGUAGCCGUCCAGAGCCCAGUCGCUGCAUCCUCGCUUUCUACAAACGGACUCUACACCCCUACCCAGAGACAAUCUCUCUCUCAGUCCAGCAUGAUGAUAGGCAUGCCCGCCUUCCACAACUGGUCUGCCACCUCUCUCCUUCCCUCGGCCUCCUCUGUCUCCAUCCCCACACUACCUUCCUCCAGACACGCCACCAGCAACACUGCACCUCUCCACUCGCCGCUCACCGCACAAGUCUACUCUAUCGACUCUUCGCACAUGAGACCUCACUCAGGAGGCUCACUGGACGUAGGAGACAGUACUUACACCCUCCAGCAACACUCUCCGGACCACUUGCUGCCUGAGUGUGCAGCUACAGAACCAGUUUUGCAGGAUGGUCAGAAGAACUGAGACAAGGUCAAUCUGUAUCAGUGAAGGACCAACCAUCAUUUCUUAGCCAGAAUGUUUUGUUUUGUAUGUAAGAAUGUUUAUUUUCUUCUCUACGCUUCCCCCAAUGUUUGUUGUCUGUACAGUUUCAGACAAUAAUUUUUUUAAUGUGUGUUUUUUUGCAUUUGAUUUGUGAACUGUGGACACUUAUGUAAUAAUUAUCAACACCGACUACCCACACCAAAUUUUUCAUCACCUGAUUUUGUACCACCUGUUGCUAAUUUGCAUAAUUAUUAUUCACAUCGGUUGACCAGUGUGUAAUGUGCAGGAAAUGGGAGUAGUCCUAUGUUGGGAAUUGGUGGAUUGAAGACCGAUCAUUAUUUGAAAAAAAUUUGUGCUACAUGGCUGUUUUUUUUAUAAACAGCAGAAGGCAGAGUCCGACCAUCAUGUUGGUCAAAGAGUC